AUGGCGGCACCGGCAGGAGAUUCCUCCGGCGGCGACAAGUACAGGUCUCACCUGGCCGGCGAGGGCGAGAAGAACACCGUGUGGCGGCACGGCGCGCCGCCCACGUACGACGCCGUGAACAGCCUCUUCGAGGCCGGGAGGACUCAGGAGUGGGCGAAGGGGUCGCUGGAGGAGACGGUGCAGAACGCGAUCAAGACGUGGGAGAUGGAGCUGUCGCACAAGGCCCGCAUCGGGGACUUCAAGUCGGUGAGCCCCGGCCGCUACAACGCGCUGCUCGCCAGCCCGAUCCUGCCGGCCACGGGCGCGUACGACGCCGCCGCCGAGACGUUCGAGUCCUCGCACGACCUGUUCCGCUCCGCCUUCCCGCGCGGCUUCGCGUGGGAGGUGGUCAAGGUCUACUCCGGCCCACCGGUGAUCGCCUUCAAGUUCCGGCACUGGGGCCACAUGGAGGGGCCCUACAAGGGCAACGCCCCCACCGGGGACAAGGUCGAGUUCUACGGCGUCGCCGUGCUCAAGGUGGACGAGCAGCUGCGGGCGGAGGACGUGGAGGUGAUCGAUCGGGAUCGGCUCGCUGUGGGCGGGGUGGACCACGACUCCAUGGCUUCUAUGACUAGGUUCUGCGGCGGUGGCGGUGCGAGACUGCAUGGACGAGCUUCUGUGGGCAUGAGCGAAGGUGUGCGGCGAUACGGACAAAAGUCCUGCACGACCAGAGGCCGGUGGCGAUGGCGCAUGUGGGUGUCAUUUUCCUCCUUGGAGGCGUCACCUGAGCAUCACGUUUGGAGACAUUUCCUGGAAGCUCUUUGCAGCGCUCCUUCAGUGCUCGCCGCUGUUCAAGGUGAAGCUCCAGACGCAGUGUACGAAAUCAUCGAUGAGUCCAAGGCGAAGCUCUUCCUGGGAUCAACCAAGUCCCGCCAUUUCCCCCCUGCUUCCAGGGUGGAUGGUGCGUUGGCGAGGGAAGUUGCAGUGGGAGCUGCUGCUGUCUUCGGAGGUGAUCGGCGUUGUUCGAGACGCGGUGGUGAUGCUUAG